ACGAUCUAGUGGCCUCGAGUCUUCACGGGAAGACGAGAGAAUUCUCUAGAAGAUUGGCUUUCUCCUUUCUCCAUACAAUCCCCAGCCCUCUAUAAAUUCUCCCAUCCCGAUCGACAGAAACCCAAGAAAGUCUGAAGAAAGCACCGAUCAAAAGAGCUACCACAAAUCAAUCGCUCACCCUUCCGCUUCCAACACUAAUCAAAUCGUCGAUUCCUUCCACCAGCAGCUCGAAUCCCCAUCAACAAUGUCGCUGAUCCGCCGCAGCAACGUGUUCGACCCCUUCUCCCUCGACUUCUUCGACCCUUUUGACGGCUUCCCCUUCGGCUCCGGCAGCAGCAACAGCGGCGGCAGCCUCGUCCCGCGCACCUCCUCCGACACGGCGGCCUUCGCGGGCGCGCGCAUCGACUGGAAGGAGACGCCCGAGGCGCACGUGUUCAAGGCGGACGUCCCCGGGCUGAAGAAGGAGGAGGUGAAGGUGGAGGUGGAGGACGGCAACAUCCUCCAGAUCAGCGGCGAGCGGAACAAGGAGCAGGAGGAGAAGACCGACACCUGGCACAGGGUGGAGCGCAGCAGCGGCAAGUUCCUCCGCAGGUUCCGGCUCCCGGAGAACGCCAAGGCGGAGCAGGUGAAGGCGUCGAUGGAGAACGGCGUGCUCACCGUCACCGUGCCCAAGGAGGAGGCCAAGAAGCCCGACGUCAAGUCCAUCCAGAUCUCCGGCUAGGCGUCUGCGUGCUCGCUGCGCGAUGAGGUGGACUGCAGAGCAGAGGUGUGGAGUUUCGCCCCGGUGGUAGUGAUGAAAUUAAAAAAAAACAGAGUCCGGCUGUCCGUGCGUGCGCUGUGUGUCUAGUACUCUAGCGUUGUGUGCGAAUAAAUCUCGUCUGUGUUUCGAGUCCAGUUUGCUCAUCCAUCUGUAUUUCAUCAGCAACUGAGUAAAUCCAUUAGUAUAUUCUCUGCUAA